UACGUUUGAUCCGAACUAUCAAACUUUGGCUGGUGUAGGAGGAGAUGUGUUUGGAGAGGACAAGAAGAAAGCUGCCGGGGGUGGUGGAGGUCCAGCAGCACCGAAAGCACCCGAGAAGCCAGGAGUGGCAGGUACGUUCGACCCGAAUUAUCAAACACUGGCUGGGGUUGGU